AGGAAGGAAGGAAGGAAGGAAGGAAGGAAGGAAGGAAGGAAGGAAGGAAGGAAAUGUCGAUUCUGGGGUGCUGCUGGGCCGUGUUGGAUUUCUGGGGUUUCCUCUCUCUCUCCGGGCUGUAUUUUUAAUUAUUUGAGAUCAAUUAAAGAAAAUCACGCUUUCUGGAUGCCACCAGGCCCCGCCUGCCAUUGGCCAGGGCCUCCCACGUGACGAGGAAUUGGCUGCAAUCCUCGAGUUUAGCAGAGCCAGUCCCCCCUCCGCCCGGAUUUAUCGGCAAUAUUACAAUUAUAAACAGCCCGAGGACCUUCAUCAUCCUCGCCAGCACAAAAAACCGGGGCCUUCACAUUCCUCUCCCUCUCCCCCUCCUCCUCCUCCCUCUCCCCCGCCUCCCUCCCGCUUUUUAAAGGCCCUGGAAAAGCCAUGAAUUUUGAAUUUGAGAGGGAGAUCGGGUUUAUAAAUAGCCAGCCCUCGCUCGCCGAGUGCCUGACGUCUCUCCCCGCUGUCCUGGAGACAUUUCAAACUUCAUCAAUCAAGGACUCGACGUUAAUUCCUCCUCCUUUUGAGCAAAGCCUCCUCCAAAGCCUGAAUCCGUGUUCGGAGAGAGCGAGGAGCCAAAAAGGAGCAUCCCAUGGCCUUCCCCAGCCUCAGCCCCCGGCUCGGCCCGGCCCCUCCGCAGCCGAAUUCCCUUGGAUGAAGGAGAAGAAAUCCAGGAAAACCUCUCAGGCUCCGUCCUCUUCCUCCCCACCUUCCUCAUCCUCGCUGCCGGUGCCCGCAGAGGGGCUGGGGGACAGCAGCGGCUCCAGGAGGCUCCGCACCGCCUACACCAACACCCAGCUGCUGGAGCUGGAGAAGGAAUUCCACUUCAACAAAUACCUGUGCCGGCCGCGGCGGGUGGAGAUCGCGGCGCUGCUGCAGCUCAGCGAGCGCCAGGUCAAGGUGUGGUUCCAGAACCGGAGGAUGAAGCACAAGAGGCAAAGGCAGCGCAGAGAAGAGCCGGGUUUGGGCGGGCUGGAUGAAGGCAGCGAGCCCGAGGGCAGCCCCGCUCCUCCGGAGCCCCGGGGGAACGCGGGGCCGAGCUCCGGGCAGCCCGGGCCGGCGGCGGGGGAGGCUCCGGACUCGCCGGUGCUGCCGGAGCUGGGGCUGCUGCCGUGCCUGGAGCUUUCCCAAAGCUUUUCCCCGGCUCUUCCCGCUGCCCUGGAGAGCCCGCUGAGCUUCUCCGAGGAGGAGCUGGAAUUUUUUACCAGUGCGCUUUGGAGCAUCGACCUGCAGAGAUUCGAUUAGCGGGGGAAGCCGGCUGGAGGGCACCCCAAAAUCGGCAUGAAAAUUGAGGGGGGACACCCAAAAUCUGCCCUGAAAGGGGGGAAAUUCACCGAAAUUUGGCUUAAAAGAGGAGGAACCCUCCAAAAUCUGUCCUUAAAGAAGGGAAAUUCCCCGAAAUUUGGCUUAAAAGAGGAGGAACCCUCCAGAAUCUGCCCUGAAAGAAGGGAAAUUCCCCAAAAUUUGGCUUAAAAGAGGGAGAACCCUCCAAAAUCUGUCCUGAAAGAAGGGAAAUUCACCGAAAUCUGGUCUAAAAGAGGGGGGAACCUCCCAAAAUCUGGUCUAAAAGAGGGGGGAACACCCCAAAUCUGCCCUGAAAGAAGGGAAUUUCCCCGAAAUUUGGCUUAAAAGAGGAACCCUCCAAAAUCUGCCCUGAAAGAAGGGAAAUUCCCCAAAAUUUGUUUUGACAGAGG